AAAAAUGGCUGAUACUGCCGGUUAUCCUACCGACAGCAAGCUGGAUCCCCACAACAGCGUCCACACCAACAAGCGAAAGCGCGACACGCGCGACCAAGGCAUCAACCGGCCCGCACCCCACAACUCAAACAGCGACCUAACGGAUCAAGCCACGGCUUCGUUUCUGGCCGCGCACAACGCUGCCGACGACGACAUGCAGCAGCAAUUCGAUGUGCACCACAACAAUGGCACCAACACGGCGAGUGUUGGCGACACUGCUGCCGCUGCCCUUGCCUACCACCAAAUGACGGUGCCGCAAGCGACGGAGCUCCAGUUCCAGCCGCAAAACUCGGCCGACGGUUCCUUCAGCAUGGGCGACCACAACCAACAACAAACGGGCAUGCAGGAUUUCAGCCUCGAGGCUCUCAAGGCCGCGACACAAACGGGCCGUCCAGGCCAAGCAGCACCCAGCGACUCGCCACCACAAAGCGCCACCCACAAGCCCCAGGUUGGCACAGAAGAGUGGCACAAGGUGCGGAGGGACAACCACAAGGAGGUCGAACGCCGCCGCCGCGAAACAAUCAACGAGGGUAUCAACGAACUCGCCAAAAUCGUGCCGGGCUGCGAAAAGAACAAGGGCUCAAUCCUCCAGCGCGCCGUCCAAUUCAUCACGCAGCUCAAAGAGAACGAGCAGCAAAAUAUCGAAAAGUGGACGCUUGAGAAACUUCUGACGGAGCAAGCCAUCACGGAGCUCAGCGCCAGCUGUGACAAGUUCAAGGCGGAAUGCCAGCGCGCAUGGGACGAGUGCCAAAUCUACAAGCGCGCAUGCGAAAACAAUGGCAUUCUGCCCGACGAAAUCAAGGAGCGUCAAGAAAACGGCGAGCAAACUGGGGCGAACCCCUUGUAGAGUCUGGGCUUUGUUUGCUCGGCCAGCAGGCCGGGCCAGUUUUUUUGGACACGAUGCUGACGAAGUUUUGCUGCUCUGCGGGAUAUACACUUGUGCUUCUUUUCCAUGGGGGCGUCGGAUCACCCUGCUUUCUUUCAUCUGCACUCGUCGUGGUGAUGGAUGCUUACUUUCGGCUCGGCGUACGGGGCAUGCAAGUAUCGCUCGCUCGGCCACACGGGCUGUUGUUUUCCUUGUCUGCAUCAGGCGGUCAUUAUCGCGGUGCGGGUCUAGGUCUUUGUGUCUAUGUGCAGGAUAUGGCGGCUUUUUUCUCCUCUUAGGUUUUUCUUGUGUGUUUAUUUCCCUUGACCUGGUUAGCGAUAUAAUCUACAGCCAGACGAGCUAUUAUCGUA